AUGGAUCAAAUUUGGUUUGGGUUUUUUCUUCAGAUCCACGAGAAGGAGGAGGAAGAGCUCAAUGAGAAGAGUGAAAAUGACUCUGGUAUUAACGAGGAGCCUCUACUUACAGCAGAUCAGGUAAUUGAAGAAAUUGAGGAGAUGAUGCAGAAUUCCCCAGAUCCUGAAGAGGAAGAGGAGAUCUUGGAGGAAGAUGAUGGAGGAGAAACUUCCUCUCAGGCUGAUUCAGUCCUGUUGCAGGAGAUGCAGAUUUUGACACAAACCUUUAACAACAAUUGGUCCUAUGAAGGUUUGGAACAGAUGUCAGUGUCUGAGUUGGCCGAGCUGCUGGAUCACGUGGAGGGUGCCAUCCGUGACUACUCAGAAGAGCUGGUGCAGCAGCUGGCUCGUCGAGAUGAGCUGGAGUUCGAGAAAGAGGUGAAGAACUCCUUCAUCACAGUGCUGAUUGAGGUCCAGAACAAGCAAAAAGAGCACAGAGAGCUCAUGAAAAGGAGGAGGAAAGAGAAAGGACUGAGUCUGCAGAGCAGCCGAAUAGAAAGGGGCACCCAAAUGCCUCUCAAGCGAUUCAGUAUGGAAGGAAUCUCUAAUAUCUUGCAGACUGGUAUUCGGCAGACAUUUGGGAACUCAGCAACUGAUAAACAGUAUUUGAACACGGUUAUUCCGUAUGAGAAGAAAGGGUCGCCUCCCUCUGUGGAAGAUCUGCAGAUGCUGACAAACAUUCUUUUUGCAAUGAAGGAGGAUAACGAGAAGGUCCCUACAUUGCUAACGGACUACAUUUUAAAAGGUAAAAUUUACAAACCCCAAACAACCAAAACAACCAAGACAGCUCUAGACACCAGGAUAAUUUUUACCAACUCAACAAUUAUUAUUUUCUGAAGACCAACAGUGAGC